GACAACAGCUCCAACGCGCGGAUCGUUCAAUUCAACGAAUCAGCUAAAAAUUAAGUUUUCUGAUUUGAAGCCGACCGCACCAGGACACACAGCAUGCAGGAGGACUCCAGCCGCAGUCCCAGCUACACAGUGGCAUGCGAGGACUAUGUUCAUGUGGUGGAAUUCAGUCCUUUCAGUUCUGGUACUCCUGCCUCUCUCCUGGCCUAUGGUGGAAACCAGUAUGUGGUAGUGGGAACCUGUCUCUUCCAGGAGGAGGAUAUGGAGAUUGAGGGAGUUGAAUUCACUGUUCGUCGUGCUUUUCAUCAUGAAUUGCGAGUCGAUGCUCUUGCCUGGAGCCCAGAGUCCCACCUGGACAGGAUACCCACUAUCAGAUUUUGCACCGCUGCAGCUGACAGAAAGCUACGCCUGUUGACUUCUGAUCUUCAGGAUAGGCAUGAAGUCAAGGUGAUGGAGGGCCACACCAGCUACAUUAACCAUUUGGUGUUCGAGCCCACAGAGGGGAAACAAAUUGCUUCCGUCAGUGAUGACCACACUUGCAGGGUGUGGGACCUGGAUGGAAACGAAAAUACAACUCUACGACUUCGUUCUCCUGGCAUCAGUGUGUGCUGGCACCCAGAAGAAGUCUUUAAGUUAAUGGUGGCAGAGAAGAAGGGAACAAUUCGCUUCUAUGACCUGGUGACCCAGCAGGCCAUUCUGUCACUGGACUGCGGCCAGUCACCUCUCAUGUCGGCGGACUGGUGCCUCACUAACACUAUCAAAGUUGGCGCUGUGGCGGGCAACGACUGGUUAAUCUGGGACAUAACUCGCUCCAGUUACCCACAAGAAAAAAGACCAGCCCACAUGGAUAAAGCACGGUUAUUCAAGUGGUCUCGAGCCAAUGAAAACCUCUUCGCCACCACCGGAUGUCCGGGAAAGAUCAGUAGUCAGUUACUCAUCCACCAUCUUGGCCACCCACAGCCUGUGAUGCUCGGAUCGGCCACAGUAGGGUCAGGCCUCAGCUGGCACCGGACACUUCCACUCUGCGCGAUUGGUGGCGACAGAAAACUUUCCUUUUGGAUGACUGAAAUGUAAAUGUCUGUACAGCACUUUCUACGAAGGAUAACUAGGUCCUCUGUUUCUGUUCAAGUUAAUGUUUCAAUAAAAUAUUUUUCUGAGUA